AUCAAGUUUAUUCCUUUCCUGCAGGUAUGACAGUGGAGAACAGCCGCCUGAGUGGGGAAGAAGGGAGUAGUGUCACAGUUGAAUGCCAAUACAGCGAGAGAUACAGAGAGAGUGAGAAGAAGUGGUGUCGGAGUGGAAACUGGAGCUCCUGUCUGUUGGCGGGAUCUGAAGGGAGCAAUGACUCUUCAGUGGACAUCAAAGAUGACAGAUCUGGGUCUUUCACCAUAACCUUUAAGAAGCUUCAGAUGAGGGAUACAGGCUGGUACUGGUGCUCUGCGGGACUUCAAAAGAUGCCCGUGCAUGUGCAGGUCAAACCACGACCCAUGACUAGUAGGUUGACAAAUCCAAAUGAAUAUAUCAAGUUAAACUUUAUAUGAACACAGGAUAGAAUUUAAAAUUCUUCUUCUCGCCUACAAAGCCCUUAAUGGGCAGGCGCCAUCUUACC